GGGAUGUGUGUCCAAGACUGUGUGAAUGUGAAUCCGGGCCUGUCUACUGACUGUGCUACUGUGGUUCAGUAUUUUCUAUGCAUUUGUAAGUGUGUAAAUCACAGGACUGUUGUGUGAGCAUGUGUCUGUUAUGAGUGAACAUCUUGGCGUGUCUGCAAAGGUGGAUCUUUUUGUGCCUGUGUGCGUGUUCCAGUGUGGAUCAGCCUCGUAUCUGUAUGCUUGUGGUUGUGUGUGUGUGUGUGUGUGUGUGUGUGUGUGUGUGAGGUAUGUAUCUGUUGGCGUGGUGCUGUAUCAACUUUGCAAGAUGUGUGAAGUUGUAUGAGUGUGUCUGGGCAUUUAAGUGUGCACUUGUGUAUCUUUGCACAGGUGUGUGUGUGUUUGUUAGAUGUGUGUGUCCCUGUGUGCUGGUGAGUGUGCAAGGUAGAUCUGUUGUAAAUGCAUGCACCUGGUUGUCUGUUAGGGGGCACAUGAGUUUUUCUGUUGUAUCUGUGCAUUUGUGUGUGUGAACGUGCAUGGCAGAGUCAGUGUUGUACGUGUGUUGCUGCAUGCAGGUGUGUCAACCUUGAGGGUGCUGGCCCAGGCCCUGACUCCCUGAAGAGAGAUGAAGAAACCGAGAAUCAGAGAGGUUCAGAUACUUGCUGGAGGUCACACAGCUAAUGGAGUCUUGCUCUGUCGCCCAGACUGGAGUGCAAUGGUGUGAUCUCGGCUCACUGCAACCUCCACCUCCCGGUUCAAGCGAUUCUCGUGCUUCAGCCUCUCAAGUAGCUGGGAUUACAGGCGCCCACCACCACGCCCAGCUAAUUUUUGUAUUUUUAGUAGAGACGGGGUUUCGCCAUGUUGGCCAGGCUGGUCUUGAACUCCUGACCUCAGGUGAUCCGCCUGCCUCGGCCUCCCAAAGUGCUGGGAUUACAGGCGUGAGCCACUGUGCCCAGCGUGGAAAUGUUGUAAUCUGUUGUUAAUAGUUGAUAGUGGCUUCCUCUCACCAUCCUGUGGAACCCAGCUGUAGGCGGUAGGGGAGGGAUCCAGGUCUGACUCGUAGCAGGACAUCCCAUGGCGGCCAAGUUCCACGCCUGGGUAACCGGCUCCUUCCCCGGCAGGUCUCACCUCCCACCCCUCCUGCCUUCCCACUGCACCAUGGCUCCAGGACCCUUCUCCUCGGCUCUCUUCUCGCCGCCGCCCGCUGCCCUGCCCUUUCUGCUGCUGCUCUGGGCGGGGGCAUCUCGUGGCCAGCCCUGCCCCGGCCGCUGCAUCUGCCAGAACGUGGCGCCCACAUUGACCAUGCUGUGCGCCAAAACCGGCUUGCUCUUUGUGCCGCCCGCCAUCGACCGGCGCGUGGUGGAGCUGCGGCUCACCGACAACUUCAUCGCGGCCGUGCGCCGCCGAGACUUCGCCAACAUGACCAGCCUGGUGCACCUCACUCUCUCCCGGAACACCAUCGGCCAGGUGGCAGCUGGCGCCUUCGCCGACCUGCGUGCCCUCCGGGCCCUGCACCUGGACAGCAACCGCCUGGCGGAGGUGCGCGGCGACCAGCUCCGCGGUCUGGGCAACCUCCGCCACCUGAUCCUUGGAAACAACCAGAUCCGCCGGGUGGAGUCGGCGGCCUUCGAUGCCUUCCUGUCCACCGUGGAGGACCUGGAUCUGUCCUACAACAACCUAGAGGCCCUGCCGUGGGAGGCGGUGGGCCAGAUGGUGAACCUAAACACCCUCACGCUGGACCACAACCUCAUCGACCACAUCGCGGAGGGGACCUUCGUGCAACUUCACAAGCUGGUCCGCCUGGACAUGACCUCCAACCGCCUGCAUAAACUCCCGCCCGACGGGCUCUUCCUGAGGUCGCAGGGCACCGGGCCCAAGCCGCCCACCCCGCUGACCGUCAGCUUCGGCGGCAACCCCCUGCACUGCAACUGCGAGCUGCUCUGGCUGCGGCGGCUGACCCGCGAGGACGACUUAGAGACCUGCGCCACGCCCGAACACCUCACCGACCGCUACUUCUGGUCCAUCCCCGAGGAGGAGUUCCUGUGUGAGCCCCCGCUGAUCACACGGCAGGCGGGGGGCCGGGCCCUGGUGGUGGAAGGCCAGGCGGUGAGCCUGCGCUGCCGAGCGGUGGGUGACCCUGAGCCGGUGGUGCACUGGGUGGCACCUGAUGGGCGGCUGCUGGGGAACUCCAGCCGGACCCGGGUCCGGGGGGACGGGACGCUGGAUGUGACCAUCACCACCUUGAGGGACAGUGGCACCUUCACUUGUAUCGCCUCCAAUGCCGCUGGGGAAGCGACGGCGCCCGUGGAGGUGUGCGUGGUACCUCUGCCUCUGAUGGCACCCCCGCCGGCUGCCCCGCCACCUCUCACCGAGCCCGGCUCCUCUGACAUCGCCACGCCGGGCAGACCAGGUGCCAACGAUUCUGCGGCUGAGCGUCGGCUCGUGGCAGCCGAGCUCACCUCGAACUCCGUGCUCAUCCGCUGGCCAGCCCAGAGGCCUGUGCCCGGAAUACGCAUGUACCAGGUUCAGUACAACAGUUCCGUUGAUGACUCCCUCGUCUACAGGAUGAUCCCGUCCACCAGUCAGACCUUCCUGGUGAAUGACCUGGCGGCGGGCCGUGCCUACGACUUGUGCGUGCUGGCUGUCUACGACGACGGGGCCACCGCGCUGCCGGCAACGCGAGUGGUGGGCUGUGUGCAGUUCACCACCGCUGGGGAUCCGGCGCCCUGCCGCCCGCUGAGGGCCCAUUUCUUGGGCGGCACCAUGAUCAUCGCCAUCGGGGGCGUCAUCGUCGCCUCGGUCCUCGUCUUCAUCGUUCUGCUCAUGAUCCGCUACAAGGUGUAUGGCGACGGGGACAGCCGCCGCGUCAAGGGCUCCAGGUCGCCCCCGCGGGUCAGCCACGUGUGCUCGCAGACCAACGGCGCAGGCACAGGCGCGGCGCAGGCCCCGGCCCUGCCAGCCCAGGACCGCUACGAGGCGCUGCGCGAGGUGGAGUCCCAGGCUGCCCCCGCUGUCGCCGUCGAGGCCAAGGCCAUGGCGGCCGAGACGGCAUCCGCGGAGCCGGAGGCGGUCCUUGGACGUUCUCUGGGCGGCUCGGCCACCUCGCUGUGCCUGCUGCCAUCCGAGGAAACUUCCGGGGAGGAGUCUCGGGCCGCGGUGGGCCCUCGAAGGAGCCGAUCCGGCGCCCUGGAGCCACCAACCUCGGCGCCCCCUACUCUAGCUCUGGUUCCUGGGGGAGCCGCGGCCCGGCCGAGGCCGCAGCAGCGCUAUUCGUUCGACGGGGACUACGGGGCACUAUUCCAGAGCCACAGUUACCCGCGCCGCGCCCGGCGGACAAAGCGCCACCGGUCCACGCCGCACCUGGACGGGGCUGGAGGGGGCGCGGCCGGGGAGGAUGGAGACCUGGGGCUGAGCUCCGCCAGGGCGCGCCUGGCCUUCACCAGCACCGAGUGGAUGCUGGAGAGUACCGUGUGAGCGGCGGGCGGGCCCCGGGACGCCUGGGUGCCGCAGACCAAACGCCCAGCCGCACGGACGCUGGGGCGCGACUGGGAGAAAGCGCAGCGCCAAGACAUUGGACCGGAGUUGAGACGCACCCUUGUCCCCGGGAGGGGGCGGGACAGCCUCGGGCUGCGGCUCGAGGCCACGCCCCCGUGCCCAGGGCAGGGUUCGGGGACCGGCUGCCGGCCUCCCUUCCCCUACGGACUCCUCGACCCCCCUCCUACCCCUCCCCCCGCGCGCUCGCGGACCUCGCUGGAGCCGGUGCCUUACACAGCGAAGCGCGGGGAGGGGCAGGGCCCCCCGACACUGCAGCACUGAGACACGAGCCCCCUCCCCCAGCCCGUCACCCAGGGCCGGGGCGAGGGGCCCAUUUCUUGUAUCUGGCUGGGCUAGAUCCUAUUCUGUCCCGCGGCGGCCUCCAAAGCCUCCCACCCCACCCCACGCACAUUCCUGGUCCGGUCGGGUCUGGCUUGGGGUCCCCCUUUCUCUGUUUCCCUCGUUUGUCUCUAUCCUGCCCUCUUGUCGUCUCUCUGUCGUGCCCGUCUUUCCCUAUUUGCCUCUCCUUUCUCUCUGUCCUGUCGUCUCUUCUCCCUCGGCCCUCCCUGGUUUUGUCUAGUCUCCCUGUCUCUCCUGAUUUCUUCUCUUUACUCAUUCUCCCGGGCAGGUCCCACUGGAAGGACCAGACUCUCCCAAAUAAAUCCCCACAUGAACAAAAUCCAAAACCAAAUCCCCCUCCCUACCGGAGCCGGGACCCUCCGCCGCAGCAGAAUUAAACUUUUUUCUGUGUCUGA